CAGCACGCAACAAUGGCGGACGCCUUUGGAGACGAGUUGUUUAGUGUGUUUGAGGAGGAACAGGCACCCUCCAAGAAACGGAAAAACGCAAACACUGGAACACAAAUCGGGAAAGACAGCCAUGGAAAAGAUAAAGCUGAACACGAUUCUGCAAAGGGCAAGCAAGAGCCUGAUGAUGGCCCUGAUGAGGUCAUUUUUGGGAAGAAGCCCAAGCUGGAGACAGUCUCUGCUGAGGAAAUAAAUCUUGCAGACCUGAUGCCCAGAGUGAAGGUGGAACAGGUGGAGACGGUGGAAGGCUGCACUCAUGAGGUGGCCCUGCCGGCUGAUGAGGAGUACAAACAGCUGAAGCCUAGAGUUGGAAAAGCUGCUAAGGAGUACCCCUUCAUUCUGGACCCUUUCCAGCGGGAAGCAAUCCUCUGCAUUGACAAUAACCAGUCGGUUUUGGUUUCUGCUCACACCUCUGCAGGAAAGACUGUUUGCGCAGAAUAUGCCAUAGCUCUUGCUCUGAGGGAGAAACAGCGGGUGAUAUUCACCAGUCCCAUCAAAGCUCUGAGCAACCAGAAGUACCGUGAGAUGUACGAGGAGUUCCAGGAUGUGGGCCUGAUGACUGGUGACGUCACCAUUAAUCCCACUGCCUCCUGCCUGGUCAUGACCACAGAGAUUUUAAGAAGCAUGCUGUACCGAGGAUCAGAGGUGAUGAGAGAGGUGGCCUGGGUUGUCUUCGAUGAGAUCCAUUACAUGAGGGAUGCAGAGCGUGGUGUUGUGUGGGAGGAGACCAUCAUCCUGCUUCCAGAUAACGUGCACUACGUCUUUCUCUCUGCCACCAUUCCCAAUGCAAGGCAGUUUGCUGAGUGGAUCUGUCACCUUCAUAAGCAGCCAUGUCAUGUGAUCUACACAGACUACCGUCCAACACCGCUGCAGCACUACAUCUUUCCAGCAGGUGGCGACGGACUUCAUCUUGUGGUGGAUGAAAAUGGCGAGUUCCGUGAAGACAACUUUAACACAGCCAUGCAGGUCCUGAGGGAUGCCGGGGACUCUGGAGGGAGCAGCGGUGGCAAGUGGGACCCCAAAGGCCGGAAAGGAGGAACAAAGGGACCGUCAAAUGUUUUUAAGAUUGUCAAGAUGAUCAUGGAGAGGAACUUCCAGCCUGUCAUUAUCUUUAGCUUCAGUAAGAAGGAAUGUGAGGCCUAUGCUCUGCAGGUGGCAAAGCUGGACUUCAACACAGAUGAAGAGAAAAAGCUUGUGGAGGAGGUAUUUAGUAACGCCAUUGACUGCUUAUCAGAUGAAGACAAGAAACUUCCACAGGUGGAGCAUGUGUUGCCCCUUCUGAAAAGUGGGAUCGGGAUUCAUCACGGCGGGCUGCUCCCUAUCCUGAAAGAAACCAUCGAGAUUCUCUUCUCAGAGGGCCUGAUCAAGGCCCUGUUUGCCACAGAGACCUUUGCCAUGGGAAUUAACAUGCCAGCCCGCACGGUGCUCUUCACAAGCGCACGCAAGUUUGACGGGAAAGACUUCCGCUGGAUCACUUCCGGGGAGUAUAUUCAGAUGUCAGGGCGGGCUGGCAGACGAGGCAUGGAUGAAAGAGGCAUUGUGAUCUUCAUGGUGGACGAGAAGAUGAGCCCGGCCGUGGGGAAGCAGCUCCUCAAGGGCACCGCUGACCCCCUGAACAGCGCCUUCCACCUGACCUACAACAUGGUGCUGAACCUGCUGCGUGUGGAGGAGAUCAACCCCGAGUACAUGCUGGAGAAGUCCUUCUACCAGUUCCAGCACUACAGGGCCGUGCCCGGGGUGGUGGAGAGAAUGAAGAAACUGGAAGGGCAGUAUAAUGCCAUUGAAAUCCCCAACGAGGAGAGUGUGGUGACCUACUACAAAAUCCGCCAGCAGCUGGCGAAGCUCGGAAAGGAGAUCGAGGAGUACAUCCACAAGCCCAAAUAUUGCCUGCCGUUUCUGCAGCCAGGAAGACUGGUCAAGGUGAAGAAUGAAGAGGAUGACUUUGGAUGGGGAGUGGUAGUCAAUUUCUCAAAAAAAUCAAAUGUAAAGGCAAACACAGGAGAGCUGGACCCCCUGUACGUGGUGGAGGUUCUGGUGCACUGCAGUAAGGAGAGUGUGAAGAAUGCCGCCACAGAAGCCGCCAAGCCUGCCAGGCCCGGGGAGAAGGGGGAGAUGCAGGUUGUUCCUGUCAUGCUUCAUCUUCUCACAACCAUCAGCUCGGUCCGGCUGUACAUCCCCAAAGACCUCCGGCCACCUGACAACAGACAAAGUGUGCUGAAAUCCAUACAAGAAGUCCAGAAGCGCUUCCCAGAUGGCGUGCCCCUCCUGGACCCCAUUGACGACAUGGGCAUCAAAGACCAGGGGCUGAAGAAAAUCAUCCAGAAGGUGGAGGCCUUUGAGCACAGGAUGUACUCCCACCCACUGCACAACGACCCCAACCUGGAGUCCGUCUACACCCUGUGUGAGAAGAAAGCGCAGAUCGCGGGGGACAUCAAAGGGGCGAAGCGGGAGCUGAAGAAGGCGCGCACCGUGCUGCAGAUGGACGAGCUCAAGUGCAGGAAGCGCGUGCUGAGGCGCCUGGGUUUCGCCACCUCCUCCGACGUCAUCGAGAUGAAGGGCCGCGUGGCCUGCGAGAUCAGCAGUGCGGACGAGCUGCUGUUGACAGAGAUGAUAUUCAAUGGUCUUUUCAAUGACCUGACCGCCGAGCAAGCCACAGCCCUGCUCAGCUGCUUCGUCUUCCAGGAAAACGCAAGCGAGAUGCCCAAGCUGACAGAACAGCUGGCUGGACCACUACGGCAGAUGCAGGAAUGUGCUAAACGAAUCGCCAAGGUGUCCGCGGAGGCCAAGCUGGAGGUGGAUGAGGAGACGUACCUCAACGCCUUCCGCCCCCACCUGAUGGAUGUGGUGUACACUUGGGCCAAUGGGUCCUCGUUUUCUCAGAUCUGCAAGAUGACUGACGUUUUCGAAGGGAGCAUCAUCCGCUGCAUGAGGCGUCUGGAGGAGCUGCUGAGGCAGAUGUGCCAAGCGGCCAAGGCCAUCGGGAACACCGAGCUGGAGAACAAGUUCGCCGAGGGUAUAACGAAAAUCAAGAGGGAUAUUGUGUUUGCUGCCAGUCUUUAUUUGUAAUUUUUCUUUUUUUGUUCUGUCAUGCACAGAAAGAAACCAUCCUCAUGCCUGUAAGACUAGACAUCAGACUUUUUUUGUU